AUGACAAGUGAGGCCUUCCCUGGAAUCGAAAGAAACUGCUCCGUCGAUAUCGGACCAACCACCAUCUCCACCGAUCCCUCAUCAGUAUCGGCAACACAUGACUUACCUACAACUACCACAGAUUCUUCCUCGUCAACUCUCCGCAUUACUGACUCAAGUCCAACUAAUUCAAACCAAUCCAAAUUGAUUACAAUAAUCAUUGCAGUGUCUUCAGCUGCGGGUGGUGUGAUCAUCAUUCUCCUUGUCAUCAUAAUAUGCCUUGUGUCGUCAAGGAGGAAGGCAAGAAGGUGGGAAGAGAGAGGGACACACCGUCGGCUAUCCACUCCCGCCAUACAAGGUAGUGUCAGAGACGUAGGACCAACCGAUCAGGCACUUCCGGCGCCCGAGGGCACCUACGCUGUGACAACGGUCAGCUCAGAGCAGCCUACCUCUCAGAACAUCUCCCUGCAAACUCUACCCAGUACCAAUUCUUCACACCACUCCUACGAAACCAGAAUUGGAUGUACUGUAGCAGAGCUGCACCCACGGGAGCCAGACCAGAGACUGCAAAACAAUACCCCGGUGACCGGCCCCACGGUCGAUCGACUGCGGCCCCAGUAUACGGAGGAUGGAUAUACACAGUACAUCGUGGAGGGUAACAACGGGAACCAGACUACAUCCAAUACAGACUACAUGCCACUCUCAGCUUAUGAAGAAGUCGGCAAUGCAGCACCGUGUGACUAUGAACAUCCCAACGGACAGUGAGUUCUACAUUUACCGGACCCUCGUGACCCGAGAAAUUCUGACACAAAAGAAAGCUCCCCACUGAAAAGACGAUGUCAGUGCCUGAUCAGUCCUAACUUCACAUUUAAUUAAAAACUGCCUGUGAACAGUGGAAUGUCGUGACAUCGGCUUGCGUUCUUUUCGUAUUCUUUUACUGUUUGGUUUUUAUUCACUUCUUGGAGCGACAUAAGGGCUGAUCCAGAACACUAUUUUGGGGAUGGGGGCAAAAGAACAAUUUAGUCCCCCAAAAAUUGGGGCAAAAAAAUGACGGCGUGGGGUAAGGGGAGCGCUUAAGGGCCCCGAAAAAAACGUUGGAUUCUAGAUUCUCUGUAGUGCGAUCCGAGGCAACUUCUGACCA